UUCCGGCUACCAACACAAUGGAAAACAGCAUUCUACCAUUCUCGAAGUCCGAGUCGAGUUUCUCAUCCACAUCUCUACCCCAGUCAAACCCAUCCACAACCGACAUUCAGGCCCAACCAUGGAAGUAUCUCGGGUACAGGGCAUUCUGCGAGUGGUCCGCAUCUGACAACGACCUUUUCGUGCUCCGUCGCUUCACAGCCCUCAACACCCGGGUGAUCCUGAAGAUGCAGGACGAGAUCGUGCAGCUGGAGGAGGAACUCACGGAGAUCGACGACCAGAAUGCCCAGGUGCAUAUACCGCCUGUGAACAACGGCUCGUUCAGAAACGAAGUCGUCCGAAGACGGGAAGAGAUAAUCGAGGAAGCUAGACUGAAGCUGAGAGAGUACACGAAUACUGAGUUUCUCGCAUAUUCCCACGUCUUGAAAUACUCGAAGCUACGAGCGCGUCCCACGGCGGAAUCGCACGAGAGGAAGAAUGUUAAGAAUUGGCUGUUUCAUCGGUAUCAGGGGGCUAUAUUCCCUGCUGAGGCGGACUAUGUCACGCACACGGAUGAUUUGAUUCGCGUUGCGCACGAGUUCAAGACGCCGCAGCGGAAGACGCUAGAGAGGUUCAAGGUGAUCAUCCGUAGCAACAUUGUCAAGAUCCACCAAAAAACUAGACCGCAUAGCUAUGACCCCGAAACCACCCAUUACUAUGAUGGCCGUUUUCUGGAAUGGCUCAUUAAUUUCGUCAUUAGCUUUUUGGGGCUGAUCAUGCUCAUUGCACCGCCGUGGUGGCUGCUUUUCGUCGAGAAUCCGAUGUAUCGCCUCGGAAUUAUCACGGGGUUCAUUACGUUCUUCCUGGCGCUGGUCUUUUCAAUAUCGGGGGCGCUACCGUUCGAAUGUUUAGUAGCGACGGCUGGGUAG